AUGCUUUUGAGCGAUAUACCAAUUUACGUUCGUUUUCUUGUGGUUUUACUAUUUGUCGGCUUGGCACUAUUAUUUUUCGCGUCUUUUCCCAUUGAAAACAUAGAGGACCAAAGUUCUUUACAUCUUUCAGUAAUUCAUACAAAUGAUGUUCAUUCACGCGUCGACCAAAUCAAUAGUUUUGCUACAGACUGUACUCCAGCACAAUAUGAAGCUAAAAAGUGUUAUGGCGGUACUGCAAGGCAUAAGACUUUGAUUGAUAGAUUGAGAACUCGGAACAAGAAUUCGUUGUUGUUGGACGGUGGAGAUGAAUUUCAAGGAACCCUUUUUUAUACGUAUUAUAAGGGAAAUAAAACUGCCGAUGUGAUGAAUAUUCUCGGUUAUAAUUUAUCGACUAUCGGUAAUCAUGAAUUCGACGACGGACCAGAUACAUUACUUAAAUAUUACAAACGUCUCAAAACACCAAUUGUAUGUGCAAAUAUUGAUACGACCAAAAAUCCAAAUCUUGGACAAUACAUAAAACCUUAUCAUAUUUUCGAAGAAUAUAAUCUUGCCAUCAUUGGCUAUAUUACAAAGAUGGCAGGUGGAAUCUCAAAUGCCGGACCAACGCUUUCAUUUAGUGAUCCAAUCCCGAUAGUACAAAAACAUGUUGAUGAGCUUCAUGCAAAAGGCAUCAAACGCAUAUUUACGCUUUCACAUAAUGGAUAUGAGGGAGAUAAAGUACUCGCUGCACAAACUUAUGGAGUUGCAUUGCAUAUUGGUGGCCAUAGUCAUACGCUUUUGUCUAAUAGAACUAGUGAUGCAAGUGAUGCGAAGGGUCCCUAUCCAACAACAGUAAAGAACGCUAAAGGUGAAGAUACUCUAAUCGUACAGGCUUAUUGGGGUGGAAAAUAUAUUGGUUAUUUGGAUAUUCUUAUUGAUGCAGAGGGAAAGAUCUUGAAAUAUGAAGGUGAACCAAUUCUCGUUGAUCAGUCAAUUCCUCAAGACCCUGAAAUUAAAAGUCUUGUUUCCAGUUGGCGUCAGCCAUUCGAUGAAUUCGUAAAGGCUGUAAUUGGUGAAGCAAAAGAAGAUUUCGAUCAAUCGAAGUGUCAAGAUGCCGAAUGCCAAAUGGGAAAUUUGGUCACUGAUGCAAUGCUAAAUUACAGAACCAAAAGUAGUAUUAGAGUUAAUGCAGCUUUGAUUAAUGCUGGAGGAAUAAGAACUGGAUUGUUGAAGGGUAAUAUCACCAUCGAGAAUAUCUUAACAGUACUUCCAUUUGGCAGUUCAUUGGUUGAUAUUGACGUGACGGGAAAGAAUAUUACUGAUAUAUUGGAAAGUGUUGUUGGAAAAAAUAAAAACAUUGUUUCCGGAAAACCGGUUACUAGUUUCAUCCAGAUAUCUGGAAUUCAGUUCACUUAUAACUCAUCGAAAGAGAUCUUUAAGAGAGUCGUUGAGGUCAAGAUUCGGGAUCCAUCAACCAAAGAGUACACGAUGCUUGAUCCCAAGCAGGUUUAUACACUUACUACGCUUGAUUUUGUUGCUAAUACUGGCGAUGGAAUAUUGGCUACUCCAAUCGAAGGACUAGUGCCUUUAGAUGCAAUAGAUAAGGUCGUGAAUGAUUAUAUUGCAGAACAAAAAGUUAUCACGCCCUAUCUCGAUGGGCGUAUCAAAGACGUCGCCGCAAGUACUAGACAUAUUGGAAAGUUGGAAAAUGACGCGCCUCUUCAUUAUCGGUAUACCAGGGCAUUAAAUGAAAACGAAAAUGAUCAAGAUGGAAAAAAAUCGAAUCCUCGACCACGUAUACAUUAUAAAAAUAUUAAUCUUUUGAGUCUCUUGUGA